UCAGUUGGGUGUUUAAUCAACUCAUCAAAAUCCUAAUCAUAAUAACCGCUAAAACAUUUAAACGGUUCAACAAUCUUUAACUAAAAAAUAUUCCACGAACUGUCUUGUUUUUAUGUCCCUCCCGCUUCCAGGAAAACCACCACCCAAAAAGAAAGCAAAAUAAUAUAAAAAAAUUGGGGUGUACAACUGACAAAAAUGUCCUCCGACGGGGUCUCCAAUCUCCGAUCCGGCGGUAAGAUAGUCCGGCCGAGGAGAACAAAUGUUGUCAGAACUCCGUACGAGCGGUCUCCUCAUCAACAAUUGAUGACAAAUUCGGGUUCUCAAAACCCUAAUUGGCUGUCUAGAUUUGUUUUAUCUCCGACUCGUAUUAUUGCUACCGGUGCCGGUAAAGUUCUUUCUGUUUUCCGUCAAGAAUCUUCCUCCUCGUCUUCGUCUUCUUCUGAUGGCGAUUUUACUUCAGAGGAGGAUGAUGACGACGAUGGCGAGGACAUAUCUUCUGAAGAUGCAAACAAGUUGGAAAAGAGUUCUCUGCAUGAUGUUAUUCCUAAAGCUUUCGAGUGGAAGAGUCAAACAAAACUUGCAAUUGAACAGCUUCUCUUGCAGGAAACAUUUUCGAGGGAAGAAUGCGAUAGACUAACCUCUAUUAUUAAAUCGAGAGUUGUAGAUUCUCCUGUCAUAGAUGGGAGACUGACUGAGAUACCUGACACGACAGUUGGCAGUGAUGCUGGUUUGCCUGCUCUUACAGCCAUUACAGAGGCUAAAAAAUGGCUGCAGGAGAAGAAAUUAGGUUCAACUUCAAAAUCAGAAUUGGACUUUGGAAUCGGCACUUUGAACACUGCUAUGUUGCCUGUUACAGAAAGUGACGUGGGUUCUCCAAUAGAUAUGGCCAAAUCGUACAUGCAAGCACGCCCCCCGUGGGCUUCCCCAUCCAUGAGCAACAUUCAGUCUCGAUCACCAUCAGUGGUUUUCAAGGAAGAAACUUCGUGUUUAUUUAGUGACAAUUCUUUGUCCGCAUCCAAGCUGAUCAGGAAUUCCCCUCCCACUAGUUCCUGGAGUAUCCAGGACGAAAUACGAAAAGUGAGAUCUAGGGCAACUGAAGAAAUGUUAAAGAGGCGGCCAUCAUCAACAAUUGAUUGGUCUGGGUUAUCUUCGGAUAAUAGAAGAAGCCCUAACCCAUUGGUGGCUUACAAAACAGAUUCUGUUUUACAAAUAGCUCAAGAUGAAUUGCACAAUGAAUCUGUGCCACGAGAUCUGGCUACUUCCAUUGUAGAACAAAAUCAGGAUCUGGGAGUUGCUGAAAUAAUUGACGUUGCCGAAGGCAUGGAUGAUGGCCUGGAAGGGAAAGAAAUGCAUAGACAGAGAGUCCGACCUUAUAAAGAUGUGAAGGCUGAUACACAAGUUGGUGACAAUACUGCUGAUGGCCUCAGGGAUGCUGAUGGGGAAUGCUUACAUCUGAACUCUACUGUAGGAGGUGAUACACAGGCGGAAGUCGCUGGAAGGGAUGGUGCUGCAGCUGCUAAUGGAUUUCCUUCAGGAUCCAGUUUGUAUGGAGCACAGGAAAGAGAAGAAACACACAAACCAUUUGAUGAGCAGCAACCUUCUGUUGGUUCAGGCCAUGGUGAUAUGACCAGAAAUGCUUCUGUUGAAGUGACAUGUGAGCUUAUCAGUGAAACUUUCAUCGAAGUGCCCAUAAGUGAGAGCGAUAUUGUUGCAACAGGCUCUCAAAACAGUUCUAGCAUGCACCAUGAAGGGGUAUCACUGGAAGCACCUAUACGAGCUUUGAAACGCAAGGAUGGCAAGAGCAAUGUUGUCCCACAAACUGAAAAGCGGCAAGUUGGGAAGCGGAAAUAUGUACGGCAACCCAGGGGUCGGGGUAAAUAAUGUUGAAGCAGGCAUUUUGUAUUAAGCUGUAAAAUUGAGUCUGAACUAGUGUAGAGACAGAUGAUUAGAAUUACCACCAGGGCAGCAGAUUGACUGUAGCAGGAUGGAUAACUGUUAGUUCAGUGUUUAACCAAACAGCUUUUUCUCUUGUUUAAUUGGCUGUACUCUUCAUUCUAUUAAAUACCAGGUAGUACUAUUCCUUUCUCCAGAA